AUGAAAAAUCCCACAACAGAGCAGAAGAAAGAAGAAAAAUCGAAGCCCUGCGAUAUCUACAUCGGCGACUCUUUUCUCCUAUUUGUUGAUGAGAGUUCAAACCGUCAAGGAGCGGGAGCAAGAGUGGUGUUAGUAUCACCAGAUGGGCGAAUGUUAGAACAGUCUAUCCAUUUGGGGUUCAAAGCCUCAAACAAUGAAGCAGAAUAUGAGGCACUAAUCGCAGGGUCGAAGUUAGCAGCAGCAAUGGAAGCCGACGAAGUGGUAGUCUUCUGUGACUUCCAACUUAUUGUGAACCAGGCAACAUAUGAGUAUGCAGCCCGAGAUGAAAGAAUGAUAGCCUAUGUCAAAGAAAUUGUUAGACGGCUAGCCUUAUUUCAGGAUUGUCGAUUACAGCAGGUUAACUGA